GUGUGUGUCUCUGUGUGUCUCUGUGUGUGUGUCUGUGUGUCUCUGUGUGUGUCUCAGCCGUGCUGAGUGCUCCGACUGUCACCUUGAUGCUCCACAAGGACGCGAUGCUGGAGGAGGGUGGUGAGGAGGGUGGUGAGGAGGAGGAGUGUGGUAGUGAGCGUGAGGACUACGAACAUGACGACAAAGAUGGCUACGAGAAUGACUACGACGACGAUGAUGACGACGAUGAGGGUGAUGGCGGCGAUGGCGGUGGCGACGAGGGAGAGCGGUGGGAGCUGUCCGUGCGGGUCUCCAUGAGGAGCGAGUGGAGGAGGAGGAUGGCGCAGAGUGGCGUGCACUACCAUCUACAAGCCGAGGUCUCCACAAGGAGGGGUGUGACUAGCACGGAGCGCUUUGUGGGAUGUCGCUACCGCCACGCGCUGCCUCAGCCUGCAGGCGCUGCUGAGUACUGCGUCCGCGUGAGAGUCGCGGCUCGCUACCCGCGGUGGAAGACAGGGGAGUGGUCUCCACUGUCGUGUGUCUCCGUCCCUCCACCACACAGCGCCGUGGCAGACGGACAGAAAAUAUGGCAUCUGUGCAGGACCGCCCUUUCCUGAAACCGCAUUGGGGCUCCGCAAGCCUCUCCUCAGCGUGCCUGGCAAGGCGGUGUUGAACAACAACACACAGACAG